GCUCGCGUUGCGGAAUCAGCGACAGUCGCGCGCAAAGCACCGAGCUGAGCAGGAGGCAGCGCGCGCUACGCUUCCUGCCGAUCUUAGUUUGAGAACAACUAACAGUUCGUUAGAAUAUCAGCAACGUUUCGUGUGUCCAGUGUGGUUUUGUUUAGUAAUUGAUCGAAGAAUUGAUUGUUAAUAAAAUUAAUUUAUUUGGCUGGCGUUCGACCACGUGGCAAGUCGCGCUGUAACGUUCCCGUCAGCCGUACAUGGUUGUCGCGUGAUAUGACCCAGUCCCGCGAGGUUUUGGCAAUGAUGGACGCGCACACAACAACAUUCGGUCGUAAAAGAGGCUGCACGGUGUCUCCCUGCGGUGCAUUUCUCUUGACAGCUGCUUUCCUUAUAUCGCUGGUGGUCACAGGACUUCUGGUCUACCAUCUUGCGCCGUGUCUCGAGGAGAAGGACGCGAAGCCUUGCAAUGAUCUCGGCAACGCGGUGUUCGAAUCUCGUGGUAUAUUUUCCAGCGAUUCGUCGAGCAAACAGAAAUUGGAUGUUAGAUUACCUAGGUCCGUGGUGCCAGAAUUGUAUGAGCUGAGACUGAUACCUUUUAUUUGGGAAGGGAAUUUUACCUUCAAUGGUGAGGUGAAAAUUUUAGUGAACGUCACCGAGGACACUAGAAACAUAACGUUGCACGCGGUGGACAUGAUGAUCGACUUGGGUUUCACGAACAUCAAGGAGUACUCGGCUACCAGCAACAACAGCAACACGAUCAAAAUCAUGGGUCAAGAGAACGACACUGAACGGCAGUUUCACGUGAUUAGAACGUCGGACACGUUGAAAAGGGGCAAGCAAUACGUGCUGCAUCUCAAGUUCGUUGGUCAUCUGAAAGACUACUUGCAAGGCUUCUACAGAAGCUCGUACACCGUCGAUGGCCAGACGAGAUGGAUCGCAACGACACAGUUUCAGCCGACGGAUGCGCGACGUGCCUUCCCUUGCUUCGACGAGCCGGCUCUGAAGGCCAGAUUCCAGAUCAGCAUCGCUCGUCCAAGAAACAUGACAUCUAUUUCGAACAUGCCGAGAAAAGGAGAGCCUAUGCCUGUGCCUGGCUUGCCAUCAUACAUGUGGGACCAUUAUGAACGUUCGGUGCCAAUGUCCACUUACCUGGUCGCCUUCAUUGUCUCGGACUUCGAUGUGUUGAAAUCCGAAUCUGGGAAAUUUAGGGUCUGGGCGAGACACGAUGCGAUCAAGCAAGCACAAUAUUGCUUGCAGAUCGGCCCGAAGAUACUCGAAUACUACGAGGACUACUUCAAGAUCAAGUUCCCUCUUCCUAAGAUAGACAAUGUGGCACUUCCGGACUUCUCAGCUGGCGCUAUGGAGAACUGGGGUCUUAUUACUUACAGAGAGACCGCCAUGUUGUACCAAGAAGGUGUAUCAACCAGUAGCAACCAGCACCGAGUGGCCACCGUAGUGUCCCACGAACUCGCUCAUCAGUGGUUUGGCAAUUUGGUAACACCAAGCUGGUGGACAGACCUUUGGCUGAACGAAGGCUUCGCUAGUUACGUGGAGUACAUUGGUAUUAACGCAGUAGAGCCAACCUGGAAAAUCCUAGAACAAUUCGUUGUACAUGACCUGCAGAAUGUUUUUGGAUUGGAUGCCUUAGAAUCUUCACACCCGAUAUCGAUCAGAGUGCGUCAUCCAGAUGAGAUCAGCGAAAUUUUUGACAAAAUUUCAUAUGGCAAAGGUGCUUCUAUAAUAAGAAUGAUGGAUCACUUCCUCACCACUGAAGUCUUCAAACAAGGCUUAACAAAUUACCUAAAGGGAAAAGCGUACCAAAGUGCCGAGCAAAAUGAUCUAUGGGACGCCUUAACCAAACAGGCGCACGAGGACCAAGUUCUCGACACCUCCAUAACCAUAAAAAAGAUCAUGGACACCUGGACUCUCCAGACCGGUUUCCCAGUUGUCACUGUCACCAGAAACUAUGACAACGGUGCAAUAACAUUAACACAGGAACGUUUUCUACUUCGAAAUGGCACCACAACUGUCGUAUUCGACACUGAACCUCUAUGGUGGAUUCCCAUAACCUACACAACCGAACGUCUGCUAGAUUUCAACACCACUCGACCCUCUCAGUGGAUGAAGGCUGAAAAAUCGAUCACUAUAUCCGACGGCAACUUGAGUCCUUCAGAAUGGGUCAUUUUUAACAUCCAAGAAACUGGAUACUACAGAGUGAACUACGACAGAGCAAACUGGCAAAUGAUAAUCAAACAGUUGAACAAAGAGUCCUUCAGGAACAUCUCGACGAUCAAUCGGGCUCAGCUGAUCGAUGACGCGUUGAACUUAGCCAGGGCUGGGAAAUUGGAUUACGCUACUGCGUUGGAUGUCACCUCGUAUUUGGCGCACGAGACGGAGUACCUCCCUUGGAAGGCUGCACUCACUGCCAUGCACUAUUUGGAUGAUAUGCUGAUCAAGAUGUCGAGCUAUGAUAAAUUUCGGGUGUACAUAUUGAAGUUGCUGGACAACGUCUACAAACAAGUCGGUUUCAAAGAUAACCCAGGAGAUCCUCAACUGACCGUUUUCACUCGCAUCGAUGUGCUAACCUGGGCAUGUAACUUCGGCCACGAAGAUUGUAUACAGAACGCUGUCAAACAGUUCUACAACUGGCGAAACACUCCGAAUCCGACUCAAAAUAAUCCUAUAUCGCCGAAUUUGAAGACGGUCGUAUACUGCACAGCUAUUCGAGUCGGCGGGCAAACGGAAUGGAACUUCGCCUGGCAGAGAUAUUUGGAAACGAAUGUCGGUUCCGAGAAGGAUUUGUUGUUACACGCUCUGGGUUGCACCAGGGAAACAUGGCUGCUCAGCCGGUAUUUGGAUUGGGCGAUCACGGAAAAUUCUGGAAUUAGGAAACAAGAUGUCGGCCGGGUUCUCAGCUCCGUCGCCAGCAACGCCAUCGGACAACCGCUUGCCUUCAACUUCUUUAGGAAUAAAUGGGCGCGACUUAGGGAAUACUUUGGAACAUCCCUACUGACCAUCAACAACAUAGUCAAAUCGGCCACGAGGGCAAUAAACACCAAAUACGAGUUGAAAGACUUACUCGACUUCACAACGGAGCACAAAGAAGAGCUAGGAAGCGCAACAAGGACGAUCCAACAAGCGAUCGAACAGUCCGAAGCCAACAUCCGAUGGGUGAAUGCAAGUCACGGCAUAAUUUAUGAUUGGUUAAAGAGAAACACCGCGUAACUCUGAUAUAUCUUGCGGGUAUUUUGCAUAAAAAUGGUGGAAAUUUGCCGGAGAAAGUUCAGAUCGAACGGGAACUGUCCAAAGCGAUCUUCUUUCCAAAAGUAUUAAAUGUUUUUGUAUGUUUUUGUAAAUACGCGUCGUAGCGAUGUACGGUCAGCCAUUGAAGUUUUGGAUCACGUGACUCGAUGAGAACAGUGAUGCCACCAUAAAAACAUGUUGGUACCACUGUGUUACAAGAUCACUAACAUUUACAUUAUUUUAUUUCUUCACAUUUAUUAUUGGAAUGUAGUUUAAUUUAAUUGGAUUUAAAUAUUAAUCGACGAAAAUUUUGUUUUAAUUUAUUCGUGACUAUUUGUACACUGGUCCCUCGGAUUAUGUUUUUUUAUUUGCAGAUGAUUGAAUUUGUUUUUGCCUCCAACAAUGAAUGUUGAAUAAAAUGGUGUAAAUGAAAGUCAAUCAAAUUUGGGGAAUGAUGGAAACUUUGAUGGCGGACUGUGGGUACAUUCGAGUGAAAUGUAGGAUUACUGGUUGUGGGAGAGUGGGAAGAGGUUUCCCUUGGUACUUUUUUCUGUAGUUUUAUUUCAGAAUUUGGGGAUUAUCAAAUUUCCAAGUUUCUAAAUUCAGAACUUCCUAAAUUCCCAACUCUCUA